GAGGGAGGGUCGCGGCGCCAUGAUGUCACCCAGUGCUGUGCCGCCACCUAGUGUAGGGCCACCGCCGUGUCACGGGACACCGAGCGCUGCGUAGUGCCCGCCCCAUCCCGCAUCACUUCCUGCAGCUGGGCUCCGCUGUGCCCGGUGCCGGCUUCCUGCGGGCCGGCCUGUGUGUGGUGGCGGCUCCGAUUGGAAGAGGACUCCUCAUACUUCAGAAAUAGUAUGCACACAGUCUUCUUGGCCAAUGAUUCUUCUACAGCAAGCAGGACUUCUUCCUCAUCCUGAGAAACCUUCAUCUCUUCCUAUGUCAGUGGCUACAAGGCCCAGAGCCACCUCACCACUCUCCCCACCAAAAUCUCUUGGACUGGGGCCUUCCUUUUAUCACGCACAAGACGAAGAGCUUGCAAAGGUGGUGGAGCAGGACCCUAUGCUGGAGGAACUAUGUAAGCCUCUGUGCUGUAAGCUCUGCAAUGUCACUCUGAAUUCAGCCCAGCAAGCCCAGGCUCAUUACCAGGGUAAAAACCAUAGUAAGAAACUCCGAAAUUACUAUGCUGCCAAUAGCUGUCCGGCACCCGCCAGGAUGAAUAAUGCAGUUGAGCCUGUGCCACCUCAGGUUGUCUCCCUUCCAGCUCAGAUGGGAUCCAGUAAACCAGGUGGCCGAGUGAUCUUGGCCACAGAGAAUGAUUACUGCAAGCUUUGUGAUGCCUCAUUUAGUUCUCCAGCUGUGGCACAGGCUCACUACCAGGGGAAAAAUCAUGCCAAACGGCUGCGUCUUGCAGAAGCACAGAAUAACUCAUUCUCGGAUGGAUCAGAACAAGGCAAACGGAGGACAAGGAAAGAAGGGAAUGAAUAUAAGAUGAUGCAGAACAGAAGAAAUAUGUACGCAGUUCAAAACAGCACAGGUCCCUACUUCAAUCCCCGAUCUCGUCAGAGGAUUCCUCGGGAUCUGGCCAUGUGUGUCACCCCCAGUGGCCAGUUCUACUGCUCCAUGUGCAACGCUGGGGCCAGCGAGGAGAUGGAGUUCAGGCAGCAUUUAGAAAGCAAGCAACAUAAAAGCAAGGUGUCUGAACAGCGGUACAGAAAUGAGAUGGAGAACUUAGGCUACGUACAAUGACGCACCGCCCUUGGUAGUAGUUUGCAAAUAGAGCAGCUUGUCUCUCGCCUGCUGUUUGCCACAUGCCCUGCUUUGUGCUCCAUUUGAUAGGAGUAUGCUCUUGAGCUAUACAUGUAACACCUGCAAACUCAAUGGUAUGGUUAAAUUUUUGUUCUAUCGUAGUUGGCAGGAUGACACUGUGCAGGACAUGAAGUGUUUUUGAUGUUUGUUUGCUAGUUAUCUAAGGCUCUUCAUUGUGUUGAGUGGCUGAGGGGACUUCUCCUCAGCCUUCUGCAUGAAUAUGCAAAGCCCAAGAAGUGCUGGAAACUUCUGUGGUUCUACCACGUGGGUGAACCACAUGCAAAGCCUGUUCCCCUCUUUGCACGCCACAGAGUAGUGCUCCAGAAUGUAUCCCUCCAGCAGAGUCAAUCUCUGAACAGCUUGUAAAAGAGGGGCAGGAAUGGGACCUGUAAAUGUGUGAGUUAGGGGUGUACUUGUCCACAAAUUGCUAAUUGUGGCUCUUGUUACAGCCUACAGUAAAUUCUUUUCGUGUGCCUGUAGAAAGGCUGUGCACACCUCUCUACCUUGGAGGGUCUUGCCUCUUACUUCUUUCUCUGUGAUGCAGAUUUCUCUCUGAGCAUCUAACAUUAGAUAUCAGCUGAUUAGUCACGUGCAGAAAUAUUCUUCUACCAAACAGUUAACAAUGAAAAAGGGUUCUUGGCAUUGUGACCAAGUACUUUUAAUGCACUGUGGGUCUAGCUCAUCCCUCUGUGUAAGUCUCUGUGGCUUAAUGAAGUGAAUUGGAAAGCAAACUUGAUUCGGUGGGAUGUGCUGUGCUCUGAUUCCGUGUUAGAUAGGGUAGGGUUAAGGAUAGGUUGGAAGGAACUGUCAGCUGUAACUUCUUUGCAUACUGAUGUAGAAGAGAGUGAUAGUGCCUGGCCUGCAGCUUUGUUGCUUAGGGAGAGCAGGGCUUACUGGGCCUUGGGAAGUACAAGUUUGUGUAUUCCACCUCCACACCAUUCCCUGGAAAAAGCCGAAGGGAUGUUAUGAGAAGAGGUGAAAUGAAUAUUAGAUGAACUUUUUUCACCCUCUUUCUUUUCCCAUCUCAAACUGGGUUUUAUUUGCAUUCCUUGAUGUGGAUUUCACCAAUUAGGGACCAUAGAAAUCUAAGGUUAGGUAGGGUGUAAAUGUCAACAGUGAUGAUUGAGUACAACAUUUUGGCCAUGCAGAAGUAUUCACAAAACUUUCCAAGCAUCUUUUUAAAUGUCAGCAAAGAGUUUGUGUCUGUUUUAAUUUUCCUAAGCAAAAGUGGAAAGGGGAUAAAGAGCAGAAGUAGGGCUGGCACUCUUCUACCCAUUUAGGUAGAUGUGAAGAGCUGUGAUUGGAAUCUGGCUCACAAUGUUUCUGUAACAUUAGCUUCAGUGGCAAGUGCAGCAUUUAGCUAAGCCCUGUUGGACCUUAUUCACCACAACACUGCUACAGCUGUACAGUGGUGGCAGAUGCAGAGAGAGGGUAUAGGAGGGACUGUGCCUUCUCUCUUACUCCUCUGUAGGUAGACUGAAUUAGGUGCAGCUCUGUGAGUUUCAGUAGCAUUUUACCAGGGAUAAAUUUUACCAAUGCAUGAUAUUGAAGGUAACCAACCCUGCCUUUUUUCUUUUUGCCAUUCUGAUCCUGCCUCUUGCAUUCCAGAAGGAUUAUCUGCUUGCCUUAAAAAAUGAAAAAUGACUAAACAAAAAAUCUAGGUAGUUUUUAUUGAUCUUUUUAGUCCACUUUGGAAAGGCUUGUCUCACUUGGCUGCUCAUAAGGGAAUGCUUCUUCUCAGAAACUGUGUGUUGUUGUCUCUAGGUAUCUGAGCACCAGUUAGCUGUGCAAUCUUAGCACUGCUUUCCUGUAUCUUGGCAAGUUGAGCUCUUGCAAAGUAGUUGAAAGCAUCAUUCCAGGCUGAUCCUUGCUAUGCAGAUACAGGCAGGGCAGUGGACAUCCUCUUGAAUGGGAUUCCUCCUUUCUACAAAGCCCUAUUAAAUAUGUCUUGUGCACAGGAAUGUAUUAGGAGGUAUAAUGGGCCCAGACUGAAGAGCACUAACUAGGCAGUUCUGACAGGCUGUUUGUUUCUCCUGUGCUAUCCAACCAACAGUUCACCUUUGCAACCCUGAAGAGCAUUCCCCUUGCAAAUAUCUCCUGUCAACCUUCUCCCCUCAUCCUUCGCUAUUAAAGGGCUGGUUUCCUUUUUGCCCAUCUUUUGUUUUCCUAGUCUGACACCACUUUGCAGGGCCAGAAGGAGCUGGAUCAGCCUUAACCUAAGUAUUUCACCAGUAUGGUCCAUGCUUUGUAGUUAAACAUCCUCUUGCUGUAAAUUAAAGCACGAUAUUUCUCACAAGCUGCAAUUAGUAGCAGAAAAUCAAUGCUUUUUAAAGUAACAGCUGGGGGGAGCUGUAGGUACUUAUCAUGAGGACCAAGAAGGCUUUUUUUGGUCUGCUUCCACAUAGCUUACAAUCAGCUCUUCACCUCUUUGCUUGGGUUUCUGCUCCCAGCCCAGCAACCUGCUCCUCAUUUGGCAUUUCCAGUGACUGUUUAUGUCCUGUGACUGAGUGACUGCUGGAAGUGUCGAGACUCAUUUUGCUCCAUGUGACAUUACCUCCUGGUACAAAUGUGCUAUGUCCUGCUCUCCCUUUAGUGCAGGAAACUUGAUUACAAAUGCCUCGCUAUCAUCACUAGGGUUCAAGCCAAUCCAAACUCAUGCUUUCCAGAAUGAGAAGCAGGGUGGACUGUGGUUUUAUUCUUUUUGUGAAAGCUGUUCUCGAGAUUAUUGUUCAGAACACGUGCUGUGGGAUAGGAAGGAUACCAUGCAGCUGCAGUAGUAUUUUCCAUACCCAGCAAAUCAUUUUCUCCAGUUAAUCAAAGCAUCAAAAUCAAGAAGUAGUACUUCUGUGAAACUGUCACAUUGGCCAGUAGGUUAAUGAUCUUUGCUGCUACAAACAGAAUAUAAAUCAAUGUCUUCAUAUUUAUUUUACUGUGCUGACCACUAAUUGACUUGUUAGUAUUUAAGGCAUUACAUAGGUUGUUUUUGUUUAAGUAGUAAACUCUACAUCGCACUUUGCUUUUGGAUCAGAAAUGAUAUUUAAUAUAUUUGUGAAAAUGUUUUGCCUCUCACGGAUGUGUUGUUUUCUUUCCCUUAAUGCAAAAAGCUCCACCCCCCCUAAAAAAACACACACACAAAAAGCCAGCAGUGCAGCCAAUGUAUUUCUUUGUUUAUGACAAGCAAAACUAGGAUUUCCUUUCAGCUCUUGCUAAAAUGUCCUUAUUAGGUUUUCUGGUUUGGUUGUUUUAUUUUUCUCUCCAAUGAUUCCUUUGGUAACUUGAGAUUAUAUUUGCAGGGAAUUUUUAAGCAUUUCUUUUAAGAUGGGGAAGCAAACUGUGGAAUCCAUGUACUUGCGAGAAGUAUGGGAGUGAUACUGUUUUGUUUGUGUUUAAGCAUUAGUUGUUAUUUUGCGUUCUGCACUGAUGGGUAAAUGCUUUGUAAUCUUGCCUACCAUUGGUCUAUUUUUGACAUUUUGCUUUUUUUGGUAUUUCUCAAAAGGAAUCUGGAAAACUUCUGUGGAGUUGCUUAAGAUGUUCAUGAGUGCAACAAAAUGAGUUUUUUCUAUAAAGCUUUUUGUCCUUUUUCCUUUUCUAGAUGCUCAUUACAGGGUAUUAGAAGGGAAAGCUAUUACCAUGGCAUGGAUUCAUAUUUUGGCUUACUAAUGCAUGAGGUCCUUUUGCUUCAUUAUUUAAGUAAUACUCUCACUGUAACCAACUGAAAUUGUGGCCAAGCCUGGAGUAAAUGAAAUAUUCCAGCUAAAUAUAUUGCAUUGAUUAGGGCCAGGGGAAUUAUAUUGCUAACAUUUAUGUCUUUUACUUCUAUGUUUGGGUUUCAACACUCUUCAGGUUAUGAGAGCUUUUUUUGUUGUUGUUGAGGAAUGUGUGUCUUACUCCAUAAAGAUUUGCUCCUGCUCCAGCUAAAGUAGUUUGAAAUCCUUGGACUUCAAUUGAAUAGGAGCAGGCCUUGAAACCUUUCAGGAAUUUCAUACUGCUGAUAUUUUCUCAUAGAUGUGCUUUUUAUUUUUAAUUUUUUCAGCUGUGUGUGUACAAGGAUGCUCUGGAUGAGAAAGACAUUUAUUGCCAAUUAUGGAAAAACAAACACCAGAGUUUUUAAGGAAUUAACAGAGAAUGAAAAAGUAUCGACUUGAUCGACUUGAUUUCUUUGAAGUUAGUAGCCAAGCUUCUAUUUUCAUGAGCUUUUCCUUUACCAUCUGCACGAAGUCAGAAGUGAAGAUAAAAUAUACUUUCAAAUAAAUGUGGUCAAAUAGUAGUUCUGGGAAUUUUUCCUUUAAACAAAAAGACAACAAAAAACAAGUAUUGCAGUUAAAACGUAUAUCUUUUUAUCUGAAAUAUCUGCAUUUUUCUUUUAAUAAAAUCAGUUUUUCAGUCUGUAUUUUGCAGGGGAAGAAUGAUUUAAUUUCCUUCUGCAUCUGUCCAGCAGGAUCAUUUGCAAGUGCUUUGAAUGUGUUUCAUCUAGAGCCUUCUUGUCAGGUUGGUUUUGUACAUUUGUCCUUCUUUCCUUUAUGUUCCACUGAUCCCCCUGAGGGAAUAGUUGAUGAAAAUGAUUUUUUUUUUCUUCAGUCUAUAAUAAAUCAUCUUCCUCUUAUCAUUGUGCAGCCUUAA